AUGUCAGCACCAUCUAGGAGGACGCAAGCGAGUGCUCCCUCCCUCCACUGUCUGUCUGCCUUCCCAGCUCCCGGGGUUUCCCUAGAGACCACAAUGAACAAGUUCCUCUGCUGCACGCUUGUGUUCUUGGACAUCUCAGUUAAGUGGACCACACAGGAAACCUUUCCUCCUAAAUACCUUCAUUAUGACCCCGAAACAUCUCAUCAGCUGCUGUGUGACCAAUGCCCCCCUGGCACUUACCUGAAGCAGCACUGUACCACAAGGAAAAGGACCCAGUGUGAGCCCUGCCCCCAUCACUACUACACCAAGAGCUGGCAUUUUAACGAGGAGUGUCUAUACUGCAGCGGAAUGUGCAAAGAGCUGCAGUAUGUGAAGCAGGAAUGUAACAGCACUCACAACCGAGUGUGUGAAUGUGUGGAAGGACGGUAUCUGGAACUGGAGUUUUGUCUAAGGCACACUAGCUGUCCCCCAGGAUUCGGUGUAGUACAAGCAGGAACCCCAGAGCGAAAUACCAUUUGCAAAAGGUGCCCAGAUGGAUUUUUCUCAAAUGAGACUUCCUCUAAAGCACCGUGCAGGAAACACACAAAUUGCAGUGCCCUCGGUCUCCAAAUGGCAUCAAAAGGAAAUGCAACUCAUGACAAUCUCUGUGCUGCAAACACAGAAGCAACUCAGAAAUGUGGAAUAGAUGUCACUCUAUGUGAGGAGGCAUUCUUCAGGUUUGCUGUUCCUACAAAAUUUACCCCUAAUUGGCUCAGUGUCCUAGUGGACAGUUUGCCUGGUACCAAGGUGAAUGCAGAAACCAUAGAAAGGAUUAAACGAAGACACAGCUCUCAAGAGCAAACCUUCCAGCUGCUCAAGUUAUGGAAGCACCAAAACAAAGACCAGGAUAUGGUCAAGAAGAUUAUUCAAGAUAUUGACCUCUGUGAAAACACUGUGGUGAAACACAUUGGACGCUGGAACCUCACUCUGGAACAACUCUGUAGUCUGAUGGAAAGUUUACCUGGGAAGAAAGUAGGAAAGGAAGACAUUGAAAAAACUAUGAAGUUAUGCAAGUCGACUGAUCAGAUCCUAAAGCUGCUCAGUCUGUGGAGAAUAAAAAAUGGUGAUCAAGAUACUCUGAAGGCCUUGGCGCAUGGACUGAAACACUUAAAAACACUCCAUUUCCCCAAAGCAAUCCUUCAGAGUCUAAGGAAGACGGUCAAGUUUUUGCACAGUUUUACAAUGUACAGAUUAUACCAGAAGUUAUUUCUAGAAAUGAUAGGGAACCAAGUGCAGUCGGGUAAAAUAAGCUGCUUAUAA